CCUGUUCUGAAAACUUUAUGUAGUCGCAAAGUCUACGUAGACUCCUAAUUUUUCUUGGCCACCAUAAUCCAAACUCUUACGGUACCGUUUUGGGCACCUUCUUUCUGCAACGUCAACCACCAAAGCAUUAAUUACUCGGAGACUCAAAACUCAACAGAAGAAAACUGAUCAGAGGAGGAAUCAGCGGCCAUGAAUGGUAGCUACUAUUAAUUAGGACCAAAAUCUUCAAACCAAACACUCAAAUUCAAACUCUCAUGAUCACUCUGCCACUCACCACCUUCCACCAUGACCUUUUCCUUUUUUACUGUUAUUUUAUUCUCCUCACGCACUUUCCGCCACCGGCCACCGCGCAGCUUCCCAACGACCACACGCCACCGCCGCCGCUGGACCGCUUAUCCAAGCUGAAGUUCGACAAGUCCAUGGCCAUCGUUCUGGUGAUUCUGGUGGCGGUGUUCUUCUUCCUCGGGUUCCUCUCCGUGUACACGCGCCAGUGCGCGGAGCGAAGUAUGCGAGGGAGGUUCGACCUGUCCAUCUCGAUCACGCGUCGGCCACGUGGUCUUGACCGCGAAAUCAUCGAGACCUUCCCCACCUUCGUCUACUCCACCGUGAAGAGCCUCAAGAUAGGACGCGCCACGCUGGAAUGCGCCGUGUGCCUGAACGAGUUCGAGGAGGCGGAAACGCUGCGUUUGAUACCCAAGUGCAGCCACGUGUUCCACCCAGAGUGCAUCGACGCGUGGCUCGCCAAUCACUCCACUUGUCCCGUCUGUCGUGCCAACCUUGUCCCCAAACCCGACGACCCCUCCUUUGUUUCCAUCCCAAUCCCGGAUCCGGUUCAACCCGUUUUAAACUCCCCGGUCCAACCCGAGCCCGCGGUUUCUCCCAAGCCCAAUGAUUUCAUUAAUCGCAACCGUUCACCGCGGUCAAGGUCAACGGGUUUCAGCAUCGCCAGCUUGAUUCCACGAUCUCACUCGACGGGUCACUCGCUGGUUCAACCGGGAGAGAAUUGCGAGCGGUUCACUCUGCGUUUGCCCGAGGAAGUGCGGAACCAGCUGAUGACUUCUACGACGCUGAGUCGCACCAAGAGUUGCGGCUUGAGCCUGGGAUUCACGCGCGAGAACAGUGGGAGGAGGGGUUACAGGACCAGAAGCGUUGGUCACAGUCUUAGUCCUCACGUGACAAGAGGCAUGGGUGGCAGCAGCAGCAGCCCUCACGUGCGGGGACACGACAGACGGUGGUUUUUUCAGAGCCCUCCGGCAAAGGACUCCAUUAAGGAAGAUGUCGGCGAACGUUCUUCGGAUCGGCUUUUCUCGGAGACCACGAAGGAUACUGAGAAUUAAAUGUUUGGUUUGUUAGUUCGGUGGAUGAAGGUCAAAGAAAGAUUAUUAGAAGAUGAUAUGAUGAUGAUGAUAUCAUUACUCUUUACUUUUGCCAUUUACGAAUUUACCAACCACCAGUGUUUGCUUUCCAAUGGAAUUGUUCCUUUUACAUUACGCACGCACUGUGUGCAUGUAUGUAACAGUAUUUGUUCAUUCUUAUGGUUGUGGAGUUUGGAAUUUUUUGUUUUCUGGG